CCAAAAGCAAAAGGAGAUCCCCACUGACCAGACUGUAUCGCUGUCUACUGCUCUCAGCUCUGCUGCUCGUGUGUGCACUGUGCGCGUGCAUAUCGGGGAGAGCAGCGUUCCUGUAGCAGCGUAGCGCCAAUAAACAGCUCCUUGUCAUGGUUUCCGUCGAAAAUCGGAUCGGGGUUGGAUCUAAAGUAUUCGGGGAAGCCGAUCAUAUAUCUACACCGAUGAUCAGUUACAAUUGCAAAUAACCACUAAAUCACCACAAUGUCUCUCGUUCUGCACCGGCUCUCUUUUAACUCCAGAAAGAAGAGAACACACGCAUCAACGCAUUUGAAGAGGCCGACACGGUGAAUGAAUGCAGUGCGCUCACGUACCGUGGGGGCGGAGCCAGGUGUAAGAGUAGGAGGGGAGAUUACGUCAUGUUGAGGAAACGAAACCUAAAGCACCCCGACCGUGUAAGCGGUUCUCUCUUCUGACAGACAGAAACCACAACAAGGAAUGGCCUGUGCCAACGAUUCCUGGUCCGAAGAGAACUUUUCAUGUUCCAUCUGUCUGGAUGUGUUCAGCAGUCCAGUUUCCACACCAUGUGGACACAACUUCUGCAGAACCUGUAUUACAAAGUACUGGGAUGAACAAGUUAAGUACAAAUGUCCCGUUUGCAACAAGCUUUUCGACACAAGACCUGAUCUACAGGUCAAUACCCUCUUAUCAGAGACGGUUGAUCGGUUUGGAACGUCCGUAAGAGUAAAAGAGCAGCCUUGUGUUGAACCAGCUGAAGUUCCCUGUGACAUCUGUACUGGGACCCAGCUGAAGGCCGUGAAGUCCUGCCUAGAGUGUUUUAUGUCGUUCUGCCAAACCCACCUUGAGCCACAUCAGAGAGUCACAGUUUUGAAGAAACAUCGACUGGUUGUGCCUAUGGACCGUCUGGAAGACAGGAUGUGUAAAAAACACGACCGACUUCUGGAGCUCUUCUGCCAGAAUGAACAGGUGUGUGUGUGUCAGUUCUGCACAGUGACAGACAACAAGUCCCAUCCCUUUGUACCUAUAAAGGAGGAAUAUGAAGUGAAGACGGCCCAGCUGGGGAAGAUAGAGGCUGAAGUUCAGCAGAUGAUCCAGGAGAGACAAAAUAAUAUUCAGGAGAUUAAAGACAAAAUAAAAUGCAGCAAAGCAGAUGCAGACAGAGAGAUAGCCGAUGGUGUGCAGGUCAUCACUGCUCUGAUGCGCUGCAUUGAAAAGUGCCAGGAUGAUCUCAACCAAAUGGUGAAAGAGAGACUGAAAUCCAAAGAGAAACAAGCUGAAGGCCUCAUCAAAGAGCUGGAGCAGGAAAUAGAAGAUCUGACCAAUAGAAGCUCAGAGGUGAAGCAACUCUCACACACUAAAGACCACCUCCACUUCCUCCAGGCCUUCAGAUCCCUGAAGACUCCUCCACCCACCAGGGACUGGACGACGGUGGAGGUCCGUCCUCCGUCAUACGUAGGGACCUUGAGGAGAUCCCUGGAUCAGCUGGAGGAGACACUGAGCAUGGAGAUGAAGAAGCUGCGUGAUGCUGAACUGAAGAGGGUCCAGCAGUAUGAAGUAGAUGUGACUCUGGAUCCUGAUACUGCUCAUCCCAGGCUCAUCCUGUCUGAGGAUGGGAAACAAGUACAUGAUGGAGAUGAAGAGAAGGAACUCCCAGACAACCCUAAGAGAUUUACAGAUUAUAUAUUUGUUCUUACGAGGCAGAGCUUCUCCUCAGGGAGAUUUUACUUUGAGGUCCAGGUUAAAGACAGGACUAGAUGGGGUUUAGGAGUGGCCAGAGAGUCCAUCGAAAGAAACGGUGAGAUCAUAGAGACCCCUGAGACGGGUUACUGGACCCUUAACUACGAUGAGGAUGGGUUGUUAUUUAAUGCUGACCCUGAUGUCUGUCUCCCUGUGAGAGCUGAGCUCCAGAAGGUGGGGGUGUUUGUCGAUUAUGAUGAGGGUCUGGUCUCCUUCUAUGAUGUAGAUGCCAGGGUUCAUCUCUACUCUGCUACUGGCUGCACCUUGACUGAGCCUCUCUAUCCAAUCCUCUCUCCGUGUUUAAAUGCGGUAGGUAGAAACUCUGCCCCCCUGAUUAUCUCACCUGUCAGUCAAAAAGACUAGGACCUUUGUUUGAUAAUAAAGUAAACAAACCGAAACAACAAAUGUUGUUUUUUUCUGAAUUAGAAUCUCUAUUACGUGAGUUCGGAGAGAAUCGCAUUCAUAUCUGCUGUCAUUUGACAGGGAAAAUUUCAUUGAGCAACUUACAUAAAACAAACAUAAUGUCGCUGAUUUAUAAAUGAUUAAAACACUCUGGUUCAAAUAUUUUUUUCUCCAGGAUGUUUUUGGCAUGUUAAUGUAAAAUGGUUAAAGGUUGCAGUCAUGUAAACUGUUGAAAGUGUGAAAUGAUAAUUUUGAUCAAAUAAUCGAUUUAUUUUUAACGAAACUCAGGAAGUACAUUUUUGUAGUUAACCGAAUGAUGUACGACAACACAAUCAAAUGUUUGUAAACUUUUCGGAUUUGAAUAAAAUGUACAAAAGUAGAA